AGCUGUUUGCUAUCCGAAUAUAGGAGCAUUUUCAUAUAACCUGUGACUUUUUUUAAAUUAGCAAAUAAAUAACAAAGCCUUUUCGCCUCCAGUUGGUGCUGUAACCCGCCAUCCACGCCCAUACUGUACAACGUUAUAUUAGGCAGGAUACCAUUAGGCACUCUGGUGAGUGCGGUUCGAAUAAAGUGGAGAACUGGAGAGAAAGAAAGAGGGAGCGAUUGGGAUGCUACAAUAACAGACAUAGAACGAGAGGACACCACACAACGUGUUUGUUGGGCAACACGGAGAGAGAAGAGAGGACAAAAAAAGCCGAGCGGAGAGAGAAGAGCGCGAGUGGCGGUCUGGGUUUGGCAACCGGCUUGUUCGUAGUUCCCUCGAGCCAGCUGCAGCAGGCAGCACCGUGCAAAAUGCGCUAUUUACGGUUCUUCAUUCCUGCGUUCGGUUCGACAAUGGACUCGUUCUGCAACUGAGCCUGCCAACCUUGCAGCACACCGCGGACGGUAACCUACCCAUUUGAGGGAACGCUUACUGCAACAUGCAGUAAAAAGAACACACUGAGAUGUUUUUUUACACGAUACAGUGAAGGGGGUCCCCACCGCCGUCAUUCUCUUUCCACAUACCGGUUUUUGGAUUAUAAAUCUGGGAUUAGAAGAAGUUCGGUCGGGAUGGGGAAGGAACAAGAACUACUAGAAGCGGCCCGGACCGGGAAUGUGGUCCUGGUGGAGAGAUUACUGAGUGGGAAAAGGGGAAUCCUGGGGACAGCCUCGGGCUCCAUACCUCUGCCAAACCUACUGAGCAUGUGGAGAGGCUUGAAUGUGAACUGUGCAGACAGUUCAGGGUACACACCCCUCCACCACGCAUCACUGAACGGACACAGGGACGUGGUGUUGAAGUUGCUCCAGUUUGAAGCCUCCACCAAUGUGGCUGACAGUAAGGGCUGCUUCCCCUUGCACCUGGCCGCCUGGCGUGGGGACGUAGACAUCGUCCGUAUCCUCGUCCACCACGGGCCCUCACACUGCCGCGUCAACCAGCAGAACCAUGAGAGGGAGACUGCGCUGCACUGUGCGGCCCAGUAUGGCCACUCUGAGGUGGUGUCCAUCCUACUGCAGGAGCUGACAGACCCCACCAUGAGGAACAGCCGCGACGAGACGCCCCUGGACCUGGCUGCACUCUAUGGACGACUUCAGGUGGUCUGUAUGUUGGUGACCGCCCACCCCAACCUGAUGAGCAGCCACGGGACAAGGCGCCACACGCCCCUGCACCUGGCCGCCCGCAACGGGCACCACUCAGCCGUGCACACCCUGCUGGAGGCCGGCAUGGACGUCAACUCCCAGACGGAGAAUGGCAGUGCUCUCCACGAGGCAGCUCUCUAUGGGAAGAUGGAUGUGGUUCGUCUGCUGCUAGACUCAGGUAUUGAUGCCAACAUCACAGACUGCCAGGGAAGGACAGCUCUGGAGAUCCUCAGAGAACACCCUGCACAGAAGUCCCAGCAAAUCACUGCACUCAUGCAAGAGUAUAUGAUGGAGGAGAUGAUGGACAAUAAGAGUGUGUCGAUGGAGGAACCUAUUCGCCAGUGUCCUGUCCCCACACCUCGCACCUCUAUCCCCUCUCCCUCCGCCUCCCCCUCCCUCAGGCACAAAAAUGAUGCUGUGACAGGGGAGCUCUCCAAGCUGCUGAAUGAGAUGAAGAUGUGUCGGGACAGAGACUACUCCUUUGAGGAGCUCUGCCAGACCAUCUCAUCCCACUCUCAUUCCAUGGAGAGCUUUGGCAGCGGUCACCUAUCAGACGAGGAGCCGCAGGGCACCCUGAGCAGAGUCAGAAAGCGGCCCACUCCCCCACUUCCCCCAGCCCAGGAGGAAGAGGAGGGGGAGAAGAGCUGUGGCCCUGCUGGGUUCUGGGAGGCCCUCACACCCUGCAAUGGUUGUCACAACCUGGGCUUCUCCAGUGUGUCACAGGACUCGAAGCGCUCGGCGGAGAUCGUACCAUCGCCAUCCCUUGACGUGUUCUUACCGGAGGAUGAGGACAAUCCGUAUGAGUCCGUCACCACCGCCGUGACCCGCAAGCCCUGCUCGCUGGACAUCGGCCUCUUCAACGCCUGCCCCCUCAACGGCCACUCUCCCCAGGUGAUGGUGACUGAGCCGGAGCUGUGUAACCAUAGGAACAGCUCCUCACCGACGGGGCCUACUCCAGACUGCUCUCCCCCCUCCCCAGACACUGCCCUGAAGAGCAUUGACAGAGUCAUCCGCCCACAGCCCAAACAGAGGACCUCCAUCUCCUCCUCCCUGGAUGUCCAGAACCAGAGGCCAGUCAACCACAGCUGUGAUCCCUCCGAGGUGAGCUCGUCCCUGGGCUACGCCAGCUUCAGCACCAGCCCCCCUGCCAGCCCGCCAGUCAGCCCCAACCAGAACUCACCUGGCUCCAACGACGACUGCCCCCCCACAGACGAUGGGCCGUACCAGCAGAACCCUCCCCCCGCCUCUUCCAAUACACUCCCACUACCAGAAGAUCGACGACAGAGCCUCGUCCCUGUAGAGUUCGCCGGCCUCCUCCACGGCUCCUCACCGGCCUGCGAGACGCCCGACACACCCUACCACCUCUACACCUCCAACACCAACCCCAAAGCCCAAAAACACACCCCCUCGGACCCCCACACCAGCCCGGUAACCACCCUCGGUAACCACGGAAACCUCACUUCGGUAACCCAGCCCCCUGAAUUAGGAAUUGGACCUCCACCGCCUCUCAUUAUCCCUCACACAGGAAACGAGGUGUUGGCUCUGAAGACCCCCAAAGACCCCAUCAAAGACAACAGACCCCCCAAACCUCAGGUAGUCUUUCGCACCAUCUUCCACACCCGGGUUAACCAGAACCCCCAGAGCGCCUUGCCCUCCUCCUCCUUGCCAUAUGGUUGGAACGGGGAGGCGGUGGUGGUGAGGGGGGGUGUGUCGGGAGCUAGCAGACCUAGGGAGGGGACACAGGCGUCUGAAUACGAGGACAGGGCCUUUACCCUGGGCAGGAUGAGAUCCAUACCUCGUAGUGUGCUGGACCUAAAGCUCUCCAAGUCAUUGUCCAAGUCUGACUCCAACCUGGUGGCUGUGUCACCCAUACAGGAGGAGUACCACUGGGGGUCGGGGGCCAGGGGCCAGGGGCCGAGAGGAAGCCCUAGCCCAGGGGACACCGCCAGUCCUGGGGGCCAGCUAGAGAGAACACCCUCCUUCACUGCUGAAUGGGAGGAGAUUGAUAAGAUAAUGAGCUCCAUUGGGGCUGGCAUCAGCAGUGGCACGAGCUCAGAAGGGAUCAAGGAGAAUAAUGCAGGUCCCCGGUGCCCCAUGCAGUCUGUGGGCCAAUGGCUGGACAGCAUUGGACUGGUCCAAUAUGAGAACCACCUUCUGGCUAACGGCUUCGACAACGUGCAGUUUAUGGGCAGUAACGUGGUGGAGGACCAGGACCUGCUGGAGAUCGGGAUCCUCAACUCAGCCCACAGACAGAGGCUGCUACAGGCCAUACGCCUACUGCCCAGGGUGCGUCCUAUUGGCUAUGACGGUAACAACCCCACGUCAGUGGCUGAGUGGCUGGAGUCUCUGGAGCUGGGAGACUACACUAAGUCCUUCCUCAUCAACGGAUACACCUCCAUGGAACUGGUCAAGAAGAUCUGGGAGAUAGAACUCAUCAAUGUGUUGAAGGUCAGUCUGAUAGGACACAGGAAGAGAAUCCUGGCCUCGCUGGGAGACAGGCUUCACCAAGACCCUCCACAGAAACCCCCACGGGCCAUCUCCCUACGGGAGCCCGGUGGCUGCAACACCCCUCCCCAGAUCCUUCCGGGCCAGGCUGCGUACACCACGGCGGGUGUCCCAGGGGGCUCGUUGGACGUGCAGCACCUCAUCAUGCAGGCGGACGCACGGCGCCGCCAGCGCUCCAACGACAACUACUUAGAGGAGAUGCCUCGCUCCAAACUGGAGCGGCAGAUGGCCCAAGUCAGCAUGUCUCAUGAUGUUGGAGAAAGACCUUCUGCAAGAAAUGAUACUCAAGGCGAAUGGUGCGAGCCAAUCACGUUGCGUCCUCCCAACGAGGCCACCUCGUCCACUCCAGUGCAAUACUGGCAGCACCACCCUGAGAAACUCAUCUUCCAGUCGUGUGACUAUGAAGCUUACUACCUGGGCUCCAUGCUGGUGAAAGAGCUGAGAGGAACAGAGUCAACACAAGACGCCUGCUCCAAGAUGAGGAAGUCUACAGAACAGAUGAAGAAAGUCCCGACCAUUGUUCUGUCCGUCUCCUACAAGGGAGUCAAGUUCAUUGACGCUACAAACAAGAACAUCAUAGCUGAGCAUGAGAUCCGUAACAUCUCAUGUGCGGCCCAGGAUCCUGAGGAUCUGUCCACGUUUGCCUACAUCACCAAAGACCUCAAGUCCAGCCACCACUACUGCCAUGUCUUCACUGCCUUCGACGUGAACCUGGCGUAUGAGAUCAUCCUGACCCUGGGCCAGGCCUUUGAAGUAGCCUACCAGCUGGCCCUACAGGCCAGGAAGAGUGGCCAUGGCUCCUCCACGCUGCCAGAGAGCUUUGACAUCAAGCCCAACAAGCCCGUCCCCAAGCCCCGCGUCAACAUCCGCAAGUCUAUGGAGCAGCCGUCGAUGGAGCAGAAGGGUCAUGCCAACGUGCCGUGGAUAGUGGAACCAGGGCAGGAGGCCAAGAGAGGAGCGAACACCAAGUAUGAGACCACUAUUUUCUAAUAGCGUAUACCACCCGCCUGUCCACUCCUGUGUGUGUGCCUUGCAGAGAGCUGGCCCUCUAGAGGCCCCCAACGGAGCUGCACGGCACGAGCAACCCUCUUAUGCGGCGACGUGUGUGACCUCACUGGCCGAAAAACCCGCUCCGCCGCAACCUCUGCAUGAUGUCGUUUGGCGCUGCGCUGUGUGUCUCUCUCUCUCACACACUCCUCUCUCUUGCUCUCUCCCCACCCUCCCUUUCCUUGUCCUGUUGACGCCUUAGCCUGCCUGCAGGGGCGGAGCAUGAACUUUUACCCUUGGGGUGAUGGUGCACCUCUCUGUCUUGACCUGUAGGGGGCAACAGUCAGUUCUAUUUUUCCAUUUUCCGUGGUCAGCCCUCCCCUCCUAUGUGUCAGGCAGGCAGUCAGUUGGUUGGUCAGUCAAUCACUCUUAUUGUUUUUCCUGACUGGGGGGGUGGAACCAUUUGGUUAUAUCUCAUGUUUUUCCUCUUCCUACUGCUGUUCCUCCGCUCCUCGCUUUUUUUUGUCUCCCUCUUUUUUCACUCCUUCGACAAGCUGAAUGAGAAUAUCUAGACCAUUAUGCUGCUAAGAACCCCACCCCUAACAGUCUUUUUGUCUUUGUUGGUUUUUAGAGCAAAACCAAUUCUCCAGCACUAGGUUUGCGUGUUGAUGUUUUGGGGGAUUUUGUUGUCCAGUACUGGCAACCCAGAGGAAAGUGGAGGGACAUUUGUUUAUCAGUUCCAUCUAGUUGGAGAGGAUAAUGGACUGCUAUGAGAGAUGAUGUAGCAAAUGUUACUUUAAAAAUAAAAAGUUGCUAGUUCAACAGACUCCUGUUUUUAUCAUAUAUCAGUCUUUGAUUUUUACAGCAGAUUAUUUUUUUUAGACAUUUUGAGUGGCAAAGCGUUGUUUGUUUAUUUGAGACUAAUUGACCUUUGACAAAGGACGGAAUAGUUUUUAAACCACACACUAUACCUGUGUCUAGAUUUAAUUUGUUUAAAAUAGGUUAUUAUUAGAUUCAUCAUUAUCUUUCUAUACUUGUUUUGUUGGGAAAUGCUGAAAAGGUUUUGCUUGUGGCUUGUGAGGCGCAUGGAGUCCAUUUUGGACUGACUGGUAACGAGGGAGGGGCGGGGCCGGUGGAUAGGAGGCGGGGUUUGGGGACUCUCUGGAUAAGUGGUGUGAUCUCAUUCGCAGGGCAAAGCCGGACACCCAUGUCUAUUACUGUGGAAUGCAAAGAAUGUAGCCAGCCUUAAACAUGGACCCUCACACACACAAUGCAAAAAGGACUACAAAUGUGGACCCUUCUGUCUCUGUGUCAAAGGACUACAAACAUGGACACUCUCUAACGAACUUGGUGUUUAAGGUUGAUUACAAAACGAGGACAUCUUCCCACAAACCACAAACACUGGACCCAUGGACCAUCUGUACGCACACAGUUAAGGGACUGCUUAGUAACAGAUGUCAGUCAGAUAUGUGAAUGUAAACUUUCAUUGAAGCAGCCACAACUCUAGCCCCUAUUCUACAUUCAAUUGGACCUUGAACUUUGAACUCUAUACCACGGUCACCCAAGGUCUGGACUGUAACGGACAACUGUGUGUAUUUGAAUGGGGACGAGGUAAAGGACUUCUGGUUGGCUCUUUUCCUCUUGUUUAAGUUUUGUUUAACGGUCAAUAAUACAAUAAUAUGGAUAGAAUUGGCCGUGCCGGACCACCAUGCAACAGGUGAGCCCUGUGCCAAGUGGCAUCACAAAGGAUGGCUCCGCCUACCUGAGCAAAACACCAUCCAUCCCAAUUAAAGAAAUAUUCAUAUUAAUGCCGGACGUUUUAAAUGUUUCAUAUGAGAUUACCUUAUGAUUAUUCUUGUGCAAUUCUUGUCUACUCUUGUCUUAAUGUUACAUUAUUUUUAUAUGAUAUGCUGAAAUGAAAAAAUCCGGGCUUGAGAAUGAUUGCCAUCCUUUAAAAAAUAGCAUAAUAGUUCUAUACUGAGAGUGAAUGUGUCAGAUGGCUCCUCUCAUUAUUAUUAUUGGUGUGUCCGGUCAACACACCAGUCUGUUUCUCAUGGGGCGAGACUCAUUACUCCAAGCAGAUGGAAUAUUUUACCACAGUAUUUAUGUAUUCUGUGGAUGAAUACAUAGUCAUCUCUAAAUGUACAUAGAUAUUUUGCCAGCUCAUUGUUCAUACAUAUAAUGUAGUUAAACAUUUACAAAAAUAAAGGAAUCAAAUAUUUGCCGCACAUCGCACUGGGAACAAGGUACCAAAAUGAAAAGGUCAGAGUUGAAAAUAAAAUCUAUGGUUCUAGAGAUUGUAUUGGGGAGGGCUUGGACAGGGUGAUGACAUCACUGCUGACUAACUCAUGUACGUAUGCUUGGGCUUCCAGCACACAGAUUUUGUACGUUUUGGUCAUUAUUUAUAUCCUUGUAAAUCACAUGGAAUAAACACAACUUGUACAACCAUUAAUCACCA